CCCAAGUCCUAUUGACCGUUCUUUUCUCCAUUUCGCACGUGAAGAUCCAGUGUUGUCUGUGUUCACUGUUCUUGUCCCACACUCUGCAGGACCUUGAUUUCCAGCAAUACUUACUUGGCAUGUGAAACAGUUUUUGUCACAUGACGCAUUCCAUAUCUCUGAGCUUGACAAAUGUAGUGUUUCUGGUUCUCCUUCUGCAGAAUGGGGUACUGGAUAAGCCUCUAUGGCAUAUUCAUCGCAGUUGCGAGCAUGGUGCUCGAUGUUGCGCUCUUUUGGAAAGAGAGGCUACUGUCAUGGUUGAGAUCGAAGUCUCCGCGAGUUCGACUUCGGCAUUCUAUGGCUACGGCAACGACUUUUGAGGAAUGGAAGGAGGCUGCAUUCGAACUCGACGAGCAUCUCAGUGCUGACUUAUGGUGAGUCCUAGAAAGACCUUAUCAUGUCUGGGAUAGGUGUACUUGAGUUUUUGUGCGGUUGUAUCUAUGCAUGGCAUAUUCCUGACCUAUGCAUGCAGGCGUCAGAAUCCGGUCAGUCGACACUACGACUAUAGACUGAUUCUUGGGCGACUGGAGGCUCUGAUGAGUGCGCGAGAGGAAGGUGAUAUUCUGAUGCUGGUCAACCUGCUUCGGUCGGGCCUUGUUCGUAAUCUAGGCAAUAUUACUUCUUCCAGGCUCUUCACUCAUGCGCAUGCGGGUACUAAGCUCCUUAUUGACGAUUAUAUCACGCAGGUCGCGCUCUCUAUUCAAUACGUGACUCUUCUACAGACUGUAUCCAUCCACGGAAGUGGGUUCACGUCCCAGGCGAAAUUAGAGCUGCUUCACGACACCCGCCAGGCCUUCGGGAGAACCACGUUGCUCCUCCAGGGCGGAUCGAUCUUUGGAUUAUGUCAUAUUGGCGUCGUAAAGGCGCUGCAUCUUCAGGGCCUACUACCUCGAAUUAUCACCGGCACGGCUACUGGUGCUCUCAUCGCCGCACUCGUUGGGGUCCAUACUGAAGACGAGCUCAUGACAUUUCUCGAUGGCGAUGGCAUCGACUUGUCUUCAUUUGAUCGACGGCGCAAAGUCAAGACACUAAAGGACGGCGUUCAGCGUCUACCAGGUGGCACGGGUAACGGUUUGCUUGAGACCUUACUCAGACGACUAAAAAGAUAUAUCCGCAAAGGGUACUUCCUCGAUGUUGGGGUUCUCGAAGAGUGCGUGAGAGCCAACGUUGGUGAUUUGACCUUUGAAGAGGCGUACGCAAGGUCGAAGCGCAUCUUGAACAUCACUGUUGCAGUAUCGGGUGCGCAUGGUACGCCGACUUUGCUCAACUAUUUGACAGCACCAAAUGUUUUGAUAUGGUCAGCUGCCGUUGCUUCCAACGCAUCUUCAACAAAACUAUAUUCUCCCGUUACGAUAUAUUGCAAGGACGAGACUGGCUCAAUUGUUCCGUGGCCCCAUUCGCGAGAUGCUACUUUCCAGUCCUACCGUCACGCCCAGUACGACGAUGGAGAAUCCCCGUUGUCACGUAUUGCGGAGCUCUUUAAUGUGAACCAUUUCAUUGUCUCACAAGCCAGGCCUUUCCUCAGUCCAUUCCUCCAGUCCGAUCUGGGCUUUCUACACAGAAGACAGGUGGGGCAGUGGAGCUUCACACGGUCUCUCAUGCGUCUAGUCACUGCGGAAAUCCGUCAUCGACUGCGACAGCUAGAUUACCUCGGCCUUCUUCCGCAGAAACUGGGCCGGUUUCUCAUUGAUGAGACAAUUCCUGGCCCCAGUUUAACACUUGUGCCAGAUCUGUCGCUAAAGGAUUUUGGCAGACUUUUCCAAAACCCAACCAAGGCAAGCCUCACAUACUGGAUCCUGAAAGGCGAACGAGGCGUGUGGCCCGCAGUCAGUGCGCUAAAAGUUCGCUGUGCUAUCGAAGUCGAGCUGGAUAAAGCAUAUCAGAUUGUUCGCAGACGACGACCCAGCGACAGCUCUCUGCCGGCUGCGAAUAUGGCGUCACAGCAUCUUGCGGAUAUCGAGGGCGAACCCCGGUUUCGACGAACGAGCAGUACUGACCAGGGGUCAGGGGCAUCAGCAGUGUCUCUUGCGACUAAUGGGGGGUCAUAACACGUUACGAUAUCAUAUCGUAGGGUUUUCUUUCGUCUUCCUUUUGGCUUCUGCGUGUUGUGUCUCCUUUAUUCCGGUAUGUAUCGUACCAGCUUAGCUGUAGUAUAGGUGCAGCCCAGUGGCUUUCCACGGUUUUCUUUCCUAUUGCCGCAACUUUCUCUAUGUCUGUGAGUUGAUUAGCGGUUGUCUUGGGAUCUUGGAUACCGUUUGUCACGAUGAUAGGACAUGUUGUCGGUGAUUUAUAUGCACUGAGGACUCCGAAUGCCGCGUCCAUUGUGGGGGUAUCCUUCCAUUCGUUUUACAUUGCAGCUUCGAUUGGGAUAUGGCAGUAGACUCUGGGCAGCUGGGGCAAUGAAGCCUUUUGGGAUGCAAACAACGUUUAUCUUAUAAUGGGAGGGGGGGAUGCUGAUUUCAGGCUCUCAUUCACCUGUGUCUCAAUUUGAGUGUCCAAAAAGGUUCAUUCAGCCUGGGAAAACUCAUGCAGUCGCUUUAGAAUUCGAGCCGGCAUUCUGUCAUCCAGACUCUGGGCUGCCAGCUCUCUGGGUGGGCUAUAUCUCUGGACGGCUAACCAUUAUGUAGCACUCACAGACUGUGGACAUCGAUGAUACUCAGUCUUCCAUGGGUCCCUUAUGCUAUUUGUUCACUGGAGGCUCCUAGGGGCUCGAGGAAUACUUGUCUAUUUUAUAUGUGUGACUUUUUGUAUUUGUUUACCUUACUACUACUGUAGCGGGUGGUAUAGGUAGCUUAACCACAUGCCGGAUAAUAUAUAUCCUAUAUACACACUGGUCUUCGGUCUGUCAUGCAAAG